UGAACGCAACACGAACAGCAACACAUUCCCAGCUCCAGAGCAGAGCCCAGAGUGGGAAUCAGUUUCAGCGAACUACACGAGAGCGUCGUACCUGGCGGAACGUGUCGUGGAACGGCGUCAACUGUCGUCAAAGUGAACGUUCGAAUGCGGGGAGAAAAGAGCGAGCUGGCUGCUAACUGUUAACGCAAGAAACGCCAUUCAGAGUCAGUUUACAGGAACAACUGAGAGGAUUCAUUAAGUGGACACGAGUGGGAUAGCGGCAGAUGUAAGAUGACACCAGCGAAGCAGGAUUAAACUGCCGGGAUGUUAAGAAAAUAAUGAAAACACUACCGACACAGUAAGGAGUGAGUUCAGAGGCGACAGGAAUGGCUUGAUUUGUCACCCCGGGAGAGCGGUAGGACAAUACUGUCAGAGGCGCUCAUGUUUCUGUGGAAAAGGAAGAAAGUUUGCUGCGCUUCACUCGUAUACAAAUCUGCUUUGUGAGAGACAUUGCUGCUGCGACUAUUUCCCAUCCCAGUGGCAGAGACCGACUGUUUUAUUGUCGGCCCAUAACUGGUCACAAUGUCUAAACCUGUUCUAAAGAAAAACCACUGGACCUCCAGAGUGAACGAGUGCUCCGUCUGUAAAGAUGCCCGCGGUGACUUGAAUGUGGCACUGCGCGGCGGCGCGGAGAACGGAGAGUUCGCCUACAUCGGCCAAGUUAACGAGGAUGUCGUGGUUUACAAAAGUGGAAAAUUAAACGAAGGGGAACUCCUGCUGGAGGUGGAGAACCUCUCUAUCUCAGGAUUACCCUUGUACGACAUACAGACAGUGAUAAGGAACUGCAAAGGUCCCGUCAGGUUGAAAACAGUCAGGCAAGGAAGUAAGCUGAACAAGGACCUGAAACAUUAUCUGAGCCAGCGCUUCCAGAAAUCUUCGCCUGAUCACGAACUGCAGCAGACCAUCCGAGACAACCUCUACCGUCACGCUGUGCCUUGUACAACCCGCGCCCCACGAGACGGAGAAGUUCCUGGCGUGGACUACAACUUCCUCUCAGUGGAGGACUUCCUCGAGUUGGAGAAGAGUGGAACUCUAUUGGAGAUUGGAACAUAUGAAGGUAACUAUUAUGGGACGCCCAAGCCACCGGUGCAGCCCCCUGGUGGGAAAGUGAUUAGCAGUAGCAGUAGCGGCGGUGAUGCCCCACUGCCAGACGGGCUCAGCGGUAGCCUGCCGGGCUCGCAGCACUCCACUCCCCGACGCACCAAGUCCUACAAUGACAUGCACAAUGCUGGAAUAGGGCCUGGAGAGCAGCAGCAGGAGGACGACGAGGACCUCCCUGACAUGAACAGUAGCUUUACAGGAGACUCUAGUGAAUUAGACGAAAUCCACCACUCGGUGCGUCCCUUCGCCCCCCACCCGAGUGACCCGUCCUACGCUGGGGUAACCCCCUCACCACCGGCCACCACGGAGAGCACACAGCAGACACACUCUCACCUGAGCCAUCCUCCCCCAGAGGACCCGCUGGGACCUCUGCCUGACAACUGGGAGAUGGCCUACACCGAGAACGGAGAGGUCUACUUUAUAGACCACAAUACAAAGACCACCUCCUGGAUAGACCCUCGGUGCCUGGACAAGCCUCAGAAACCCCUGGAAGAAUGUGAAGAUGAUGAAGGGGUACACACAGAGGAGCUGGACAAUGACCUUGAACUUCCGCCAGGAUGGGAGAAAAUAGACGAUCCAGUGUAUGGGGUCUACUAUGUUGAUCAUAUCAACAGGAAGACCCAGUAUGAGAAUCCAGUGUUGGAGGCUAAGAGGCGCAGGCAGCUGGAACAGCAGCAGCCUCAGCUGCCUCAGCCCCAAAGCCAGCAGCCACCUGAAGGUGAGCGCUACAUCCGAGAAUGGAUUGAGGACUCAGCUUUGGCAGGGGCCCCACUGGCCAGCUAUGCUGCCAACCAGCAGGAGACCUACCGGGAUCCUCAGACAGGACCUGUAGUCCCCAACGCGAUGGGACAAAAAAGAGGAAAGCCUUUCUUUACUCGGAACCGAUCUGAGUUGAAAGGGACUUUCAUCAAUACCAAGCUGAAAAAGAGUCGCCGGGGGUUCGGUUUCACUGUUGUGGGAGGUGACGAGCCAGAUGAGUUCCUGCAGAUCAAGAGUCUGGUUCUAGAUGGACCUGCUGCCCUCGACGGCAAAAUGGAGACAGGUGACGUGAUUGUGAGUGUCAAUGACACAUGUGUACUAGGCUACACCCAUGCUCAAGUUGUGAAGAUCUUCCAGUCCAUCCCAAUUGGCUCCAUGGUAAACUUGGAGCUGUGCCGUGGCUAUCCACUGCCCUUCGACCCCGAUGACCCCAACACCAGCCUGGUUACCUCAGUGGCCAUUCUCGACAACAAAGAGCCCAUCAUUGUCAAUGGCCAGGAGGCCUCUAACAGCUACGACUCGCCAUCCAGCCAUGGCAGUCAGAACAACAACAAUGGCUCCACCAACGGUGGGGCACCCCUUAAUGGCCUACCGCGACCCCACAGUCCCUCGGCAGAGGUGGCCUCUGAUACCUCUUCCCAGCACGGCUACCCCAGUGAUGUGGUCACCCUGGCCUCAUCCAUCGCAACCCAGCCAGAGCUCAUCACUGUACACAUGGAGAAGGGAGACAAGGGCUUCGGUUUUACCAUUGCCGACAGUCCCGGAGGUGGAGGCCAGAGAGUGAAACAGAUCGUGGACUACCCGCGCUGCCGUGGCCUCAAGGAGGGUGACAUCAUUGUGGAGGUGAACAAGAGAAACGUACAGAGCAUGUCCCACAACCAGGUGGUGGACCUCCUCAGCAAGUGUCCCAAAGGCAGUGAGGUCACCAUGCUGGUGCAGAGAGGGGUGGCACCUGCAAAGAAGAGCCCAAAACUGGAUGACUUUGAGCUGGCUCCUCCAUACAGAGAUUACACUAGGAGGCAGUUGUCAAGAAAGGACAGUCAGAACAGCUCCCAGCACAGCGUUUCCAGCCACCGGAGCGUCCACACAGACUCGCCCGUGCACCCGUCGCUGGCACCCCCCCUCAGCGAAAGCGCAGCACCCCCACCCCCCUCUCAGCCCCUGCCAAGUCUGCCGCCCCUGGACUCCACAGCAGACGGGACCAUCCAGAGAAAACCGGACCCCUUUAAGAUCUGGGCCCAGUCCAGGAGCAUGUAUGAAAGUAGGCUUCCAGACUUCCAGGAGCAGGACGUUUUCUUGUGGAGGAAGGACACAGGGUUCGGUUUCAGGAUCCUCGGAGGCAAUGAGCCUGGAGAGCCAAUCUACAUCGGCCACAUAGUGAAGUAUGGAGCGGCGGAUGAGGACGGACGCCUGCGUUCUGGCGAUGAGCUGAUAUGCGUGGACGGCACAGCGGUGGUGGGAAAGUCGCACCAGCUGGUGGUGCAACUGAUGCAGCAAGCUGCCAAACAGGGCCAUGUCAACCUCACUGUGCGACGCAAAACUAGCUACACCGUUAAAGCAGAGGGAGACGUGCCUCCAUCGCCGGCAUCCUCCCACCACAGCAGCACACAGGCACCCAGCCUGACAGAGGAGAUAGGGAAGCGCACCCCGCAGGGCAGCCAGAACUCCCUCAAUACCGUCAGUUCCGGCAGCGGCUCCACCUCUGGCAUCGGCAGCGGCGGAGGGGGAGGGGGCGGAGGGACCGGGGGCAGCGGCAAUGCUGUGGUCGCUGCGGCAGCUGUCACCACUUCCUCUCAACCCCCCAACAACACCUCCACCGUAUCAUCUGCCUUGCAGCCGUAUGACGUAGAGAUCCGCCGCGGUGAAAACGAAGGCUUUGGGUUCGUCAUCGUCUCUUCCGUGUCGCGGCCCGAAGCUGGCACCACCUUCGCUGGCAAUGCAUGUGUGGCCAUGCCCCACAAAAUAGGGCGCAUCAUUGAAGGGAGCCCAGCAGACCGCUGUGGGAAACUGAAAGUCGGCGACCGCAUCCUGGCUGUGAACGGAUGCUCCAUCACCAACAAGUCCCACUCUGACAUCGUCAACCUCAUCAAGGAGGCCGGGAACACAGUCACACUACGCAUCAUUCCUGGGGACGAGUCAUCAAAUGCAUCUUUGUUGACCAACGCGGAGAAGAUCGCCACUAUAACCACCACUCACACACCUCAGCAACAGGCUGCACCUGAGGCCAGGAACAACACCAAACCAAAACAGGAAUCAUUUGAAUUUAAAUCCCCACAAGGCCCUCCUCCCCAACCCCCAACACAAGUCUCACCUCAGGAUGCUGAGUUCUACUCAGUGGACCUGGAGAGAGACAACAAAGGCUUUGGCUUCAGCCUGCGGGGAGGCAGAGAAUACAACAUGGAUCUGUACGUGCUGAGGCUAGCUGAGGACGGCGCAGCAGUCCGUAAUGGAAAAAUGAGGGUCGGAGAUGAAAUCCUGGAGAUCAAUGGCGAGAGCACCAAGGGCAUGAAGCACGCGCGAGCAAUCGAACUCAUCAAGAGCGGAGGCCGGCGCGCCCAUCUGGUGCUCAAGAGGGGUGACGGCUCUGUGCCUGAAUAUGACGGCAGCCCCAACGACAGCAGCGCAGCCAACCCAGCCUCAGGGCUACAAAACGCUGCGGAAGUGAGCACCCAGCCUUCAGCCAAUGCGCCAUCGGAGUCAAGCUACCCACCAGAACCCCACCAAUCAUCCCGGAGCAAGAAGGAGCCGAGCCGCAACUCUGCCGGUACCGGCAAACAACACCAUUCCAAACACCGUCACCGCUCUCCCAACAAGAAAACCACCACGGGAAAACACAAGGGGAAAGCUCCCCUGGGCAAGCUGCUCAAGAAGAAGAAGGACGACAAGGGAAGUGACGGCCACCGCCAUCGUUCCAGCAAUCCCAACCGUAGCCGCCACCGUUCGCCUGACAAGGGGCACGGCCGGUCACGCAGUGCAGAAAACACUCUGGAUGGCCGCCACAGGGGACAUCGCCAAGGUCGUUCCCCAGACAGACGCCACGGUCACCACUCCUCUCAUCAUCGCCACCGAUCUCCUCACCGCUCACCUCACCGAUCUCCACACCGAUCUCCUCGCCGCCACAGAUCCCCCCAUCGCUCUGGGCACCACUCCCCUACCAGACAUCGCGCCCGCUCCUCAGAUCCCUACCGCCGGUACCCUUCCCCAGAGAGACAGCGUCGCAGCAACGACAAGCCCAACGGGGACGAGGCCGUAUUGAAGGAGUCGCUCAAGACUCCUGAACCCAGCCUCCCUGUUGAGGACAGCAUCCUCCGUGAGGCCCCAGCCCUGGACCGCCUGAACAGGGAGGCCACACUACCAUCGCUGAGCAGGGAGGAGCGCCUGUAUGGCGAGGACAGCCUGAUGAUGAGAGCCUCCUCCAUGGAUAGAGCCUACAGGGAGGACAGCUUGUUGAGGGACCUGGCAUCCCGUGGCCAGAGAGAUACCUACAGGGACGCCACCUUGCCCAGAGUGCGCACCCCUGACUCAGAUUCAGCCUACAAGAGGUACAGCUCACUGCUGAGGGGGCGCUCACCUGAGAGGACGGAGAGGAAUGGGCGCUAUGCCAGUCGAGGUAGUUCCCCCGAGCUGCAGUACCGAAGCCGCAGCCUGGGACGUGACAUCUCCCCUAUCAGGAGCUCCAGAAGGGACGACUCAGAGGACGAAGAGGACGAUGACAAUUUUGUAGCGGCUAAGGUACGAGAAUACUACAGCACGCUUAAGACCAACAACAGUCGACAACAACAGUCCAAGCCCACGCUCCCUGAGCCCAAGAAGACCUACAGAGACAACCCCAGAGACCUGAGCAUCUGAUUGGAUGGCUGUUACUUAAUCACAGCUACUACCCACAAACACCUCAAGUACUCACUCCCAUAAACAGUUGGUUCUACAGAAAUGCACCCACUUGAGAACACACACACACACACACACACACACACAUAUACUCAAACACACACAUUAUGUAACAAAGUUUAGUUACUAACAAGACAGUGAUUCCAAAAUGACUUUUGAAAGCUGUUUUUUUUUUCUUUUUUUAAUUGUGUUUUUUUUCUUUCUUUUUGUUUUUGGUUAAGCAUUCUACAUUUACAGUAAGUCAGACUUUUCCAGAAAAUAUAAAACCAUAAAAAACAAUGAUGUGCCUAACAGUUUCAUUAACGAGCGACAUUUUGUUUUUGAUUUGAUAUGUGUCGGGCAUUUUGUGCCGCACUGUCAGAUGAUGAAAUGUAUGUACUUUUCCACAAGGAUCCCAUGGAAGUACUGAGCACCUGGAUCACAUAACCGGUGCUCACAAUGAUGCUGUGCAUGUCUUUACCGGUUUCAAUGUCUCCUCUCGCUCUGUCUCUCAGCUCUGUCUCUCUCUCUCUCUCUCUCUCCCUUUCAGUCUCUGUCUCUCUCUCUUUCUCUCCCCUCCAUCUCUCUCUCUCUCUCUCUCUCUCUCCCCAGUGCCACUGUUUUUUAGACAUUCGACCAGACUAUAGCACAAGCCUGCAUUUGUUUGUAUAUUUUUGACAGUUUGCAGUAUGUGUACAUUCAGAGGUGAUCAUUUUAAAUGAAUGAAUGACGGGAAAAUUAAAAGUUAAACUAUGAUGAUAACGUUAAAAAUAAAAUAAUAUAUUCAACAAA